AUCCUCUUUGCAGAUAACGAUCCCCAAAGAUGGGGGCAGCAGCUUCGACAAGAACAUGUACGCUGUCAAGAUCAUGGCCGUGGAUUAUAACGCAACCAACUAUGCUAGAACAACGAACACCUUCAAGCUUUCAGAAGACACCUCAGUGAUGCUAGAGGAUAAGAAAGAUAACACUUAUUCCUAUAUCCACCAUUUUACGUUGUACGACAUCCAUGCCAGAGGAUUUGUCAGACCGUUCUGCAUGGCUUAUAUCAGUGCUGAUAAAAACAAACUCCGCUCCAAUCUCCAGCACAUUAUAGCCUCCUUCCACCAAGUCAGUCAGUACUAUCGCUAUGGAAACUAUGUCAUCUUUAGGGAAGAGAUGAUCAGACGAUUGGCGGAUCUUAUCUUCACUAAAGAGAGCAUUAAGACACAGCUCGAGGAGAUGGAAGUUAAGCAGGAGUCUAGGGUGCAAUGUGCCAGAUUACACAUCCAUAAAAAGAACCACAUCUCACGUUCCAACUCCACCACCUCCACCACCACCACUACCACCACCCCCACCACUAAUGGUAGGAGUGGCAGUGAAGGGGAAGAUGAAGACGAUGGAGAGAAGAAAGGAGGGGAGAAGGAGAAGGAGGAGGUAGAAGAGUCGGGCCCCAAGGAGGAGUUGGUGGGGGAUGCGGAGGAGCAGGAACAGGAGAUUGUGGCGGAGCUGAAGGAGUACGCCAGGAAGCGGGAGGAGCUGGAGGCUGUGGAGAAGGCAAUCAGGGAGAUUGAGGUCAUCCUGGAGGCCGUUACCCCAGCUCUGAAAAAGAACAAGAAGAUGGAGAUGAGGUAUCGUCGUCUAAAGGAGAGGUACUCUGAUCCCCAGAGCAGCAAGUCCAAACCAGUCUCUGCACAGAACAUUCACCAAGAGGGUUACUGCAGUGAUGAAGAUACAGUUAGGCAACCAUCAAAAUCAAGACUCAGAAAAAGAAGUUCCAGCCACUCCGAGAUGACAGAAGAUACCGAUUCCAACAACGACCCCAACGCCCCUUACCAACCCCAGAUAGUCGGAGCCAUCAACCCUCGUAGGUUCGAUCGCAGUCUUCGAACCCUACACGAACUAUGCAGCUAUGGGGCUAAGGAGGGGCUCAACCGGUUAAGAAAACUACUAAAGUUUUACUGCCGAGAUGGUAAUAUUCUCCACCUGGAGAAGCAGGAGUCACCUCUUGUGGAGCCAUCAGUCUCCCUCCUCACUAUAGGGAGAACUGUCACUCUUAACUUCCUCAAUGCAAUUAACUUGCAAUGUAUAGCAAACUGUCAGUGGGAACUCCAUGGUCUAGGCAAGAGAUCCCAGGGCAUGUCUGCAUCCGUUUCCAUGGAGAGUUUCUCAUCCUGCCAGGAAGAUUCCUCCGUCUUUGACUCGCUGCCACCCAGCUAUGAAGCUCGCUUUGUCAUGGGGUCAACCUAUGCAUCUUUAGAAUCUCUUUACUAUGAGGUAGAUGAGAGCAUGGAGGAGCUAUUCUUAUGUCCAGACCCUAUUACCCCAUUACUAGACAAGGAUGGCCUUUUCACUGAAGAAAAUUUUGGUAGCUGGGUUGAUAUCUCCCGUUCCUCGCUGACAGAUCCGCAAAGAUCGUCAUCAGCUUCCUCGACUUGCUCUUUCCAAUCAGCCUCCUCCGAUCCCGGGACACACCCCUUCCCCGCCCACAACAACCACUGCCAGCCGCACCCACCAGGGGAAGAGGAGGAGGAUGGGGGCGGGCUGGAGAAUGGCGAUGUUUUCUCAUCGAAGGUGUUAUGUGACGUGCAUCCCCAUCCUCCAUCAUCACCGUCAUCCAUUGAUACCUCCAAUGCUUUACCACCGGAAGAGGAGAGGGAUGCGGUUGCCUUGGAGAUGCCAUCUGAUGGUGAGCCACACCCCUCUUAUCGACCACACCCACUCAAGCUGUCAUCGGGGGAGGAGGAUGGUGUGUCCAUGGAAACCACAUCAAGCAAAGAAGAGGGGAAGCUGAGACAUAAAGCGAGCAGUGGGGAGAGUCUAGACAAGUAUCACCUAGUGCCUUCAGGGCAGGAACCAGUACUACGUAGGAAUACUAAAGUACCAGUAGGGUGCUAUGCAUCUAGGCUAGCUAGCACUAACUCUGAUCUACCAGGCUCAGGAAUCAAAGAAUUCAUCAGUCGUUAUGUCUUUGCCAUUCAUCUCAUCUAUGCACUUCUAUCAGGGAGGACUGUCGUUAUUGCUGCCUCACCCACCAAAGAAAGAGAGGUCAAUUCACUGGUCAGGACUCUUUGGCUGUUCGUCCCCGGGCACUCAAGUCGCUACCACCUUGUUGUGCCAUGGCAUACGAAGCCGCUAUGCAUGACAGACCUCGCCAGGAUGAAACUUGUGGGCCUCUCAAAACCAAAGUCUUUAGCAAGAGUCUUGCCAUCGUCAGUACGCAGAUAUGUCACCUUGUUCGACUAUGACCAACAAACUCUUUGGACACCAGCGUACAAGGGCAAUGUUCUUGACUCCAUUGUAAGUCGGAACAAGCACUUCCAGACGGACCAAUGUUACCUUGCACAUAUACAGAGCACUCUACUACAGUUAGCUUCAAAAGCAUUCCUAUACUACCAUUCCUACUGCCUGAAUUCACCAAACUCACAUCUAAUUAACAGUACUUCAAGUGCAGACAGCACUAUACGCCAGAACAGCUCACCUGCGAGGGUUAAUUCUGCAUCAUUUCUUUCAAAGCUUGGUCUUGUGGAUGGGGAUUGCAAAAUUGUAGAGUACUGGGUGGAACUAAUAAAGCGACAGCAGCUAGAUGAGAUCAUGCAUCAACAGGGCUAUGCCGAUAUACCCUCCCCUAGUAUACGACUGGAUCAUCGGGUCUGUAGCCGGUACCAGAUGUAGUUCAAACGGUACCGCUAUGUGAUGGUGUAGUCUUGUCUAUCGCUUCUGGAAACUAAUUACAUCAUAACCAAAUGUAAAGGUGUAUGGUUCUAUGAAUAUACUUGGCUUGAUAUUCCAAUGAUUGAAAUUUGUCAACUCUCAGGCCUGUAUUCAGAAGUCAGGUCUAACUCUGUGCUAAAAUUAUGGAAAGCCAAAAAUGUCAAAAUUUUCCUUACAUUGUAUGAUUCUUAUGUUUACUGUGCUCUGUCCUAACUCGUGAAGGGUGAUGAAAGCAAUCAUAUUUCUCCUUCCAAAGUAGUUUAGAAUGAUUUGAGAGAAAAACGAGCUGAUACAUUGCAAUUAUGGUGUUAGAGAUUUAUGUCAACAUUGGCUAUCCAUAUAGUUAAACAACAACUUCAAACCGGAGUUAAGAUUAAACCCGACUUCAGAAUACGGGCCUUAGCCUCUAUGAAAUAUUGAUUUAAAUUGUUAUUCAGGUUGUUAUAUGGGGAAUUCGUACUCAAAUUCAUCAAAGGAAAUGUUUUGUGACACUCUGCACGACUAGUACAUGACCACAAAAAUUGCAUAUACACGUGUAUGUGCUGAUUUUCCUUGGUAUAGCAGACCAAAAUCAUUUGAUGUACGGAUAGAAGGGGAGGGGGUGGCUUAAUUUCUUCCAAAGAUUAAUUGCAUACUUCUUGCCUUGUCUAGCAAUGAUUGUUCAAACUUUCAAUUUUACAUUGAUGUUUUUCCCAAUUCUUCCUUGACCCUGUAACACAAAGCUUUAUGAUUGAUAAAUAGGCUGAUUUUUAUGAUUGAUUGCAUUGAUCAUUACAUGCAAUCUAUCAUAUAAAUCAAAUUUACAAUCAAUCUCUAUGUUUUGUGGAAUGUGGCCCGGGUAUUGCAUUUAAGUUGAUUAUAUCACAUGUGCUCUAAUCUAUGUGACUGUAUAUGUUAUAUUUUUUAUGUUUUGUACUUUGGGUAAGGGAUUUUUUUCACAAAAUUAUAUAUUUUCUUAAACACCCUGUCACCGAUCAAAUUCUAAUGCCUUUAUUCACUUCAUAUCAUUUCUUGAUCUUGAUAUUUAAAUAUUUCGAUUUUAUACAACGUUAUAAACCCUUAUUUUCUUGCCCAAUGAAAGGAGAGCGUACCCUUAACUCUCUGCCAGCUGAAGGAUUAUUCACAGUGGUUUAAUUUUCCAAAAUUUUCAUGUAUAUCAUCAACAAAGUCAUUAUUUUCUUUUGAAUCAAAGAUUAAUCUCCUUGUAAUACUGGCUGAUAUGAGGAAUGCUGUUCAGGGGGGUGUUUCACAAAGAUUUUUCAGUGUGACUUAGAGUCGCAUUUAAGUUCCCAAAUGGGCUUCAGGAUGAAAUGGUUCACCGCAUUGGUCAAACCAUGCUUAGAGGGCGCGCGCUACUAGAUUGCACGUUAUACUGCUGAGGGAGUGGAGGAUGUGCACACAUUGUGCGCGGGAAUGACUGAUUGGGAAUGACCGGGGUAAUGAUAUAUCUGUAAAGCGCUUAGACACAUCUUUCCGAUAUAUUAAGUGCUAUAUAAAAGCGGAUUAUUAUUAUGUCAUAUUCACAUUUUUUUAAAGCAUGAUUUGUGGAACACCCCCUGCUAUUGUAUUGCAUUACUUUGCAUUUUGAUUGACUAUUAUAAAAUACUUCAAUAAAAUACUUAUGUAGCAGGGUUUUUUUUAACAUAUGACUAUACCGAACCUUGUUCCUUCAACUUAAAGUGGUAAUCAAAAGUAAAUCAGAAGUAAAAUUAAUCCUUGUGAUACGUAAUUGACAUAUAUUUUAAUUCCAUAAUACAUAAACCAGUAUCAUAAAUCUUAUAUAAUCCAUUGAAGUUCUCUUAUUCAUUGUGAUAUAUCUAUUAAUGUAAGUGUUGUCAAUAUGUCAUGUUACUUACACAGAUUUAAAUUAAGAAAUAUGUAAAUUAAUGAAAUAAUAUGCUAUUUAUGAAAUUAUUAUGUACUUCUUGGAAUAUAUCAGCAUUGUACUUUGUAUUAGCUGUUAAAGUAUUGAUUUUCUUGUAUAUGUGAUAUUUGAAUGUGUAUUUAACUUUCAUCUCAGGUUGUGUAUGAUUAAUUAUUUUGGCAAUUAAAGAUAAAUUCAGUUCUGGAAUGAUUCAAAUUUUAUAAUAUCACUAAUAUUGAUUAUAAUGCGCACAUAUCCAAGUUACAACGCUAUAGGUGUUUAUAUAUCCAUUUUGUUAGGUGCUCAAGGCGCUUAUAUUACCCCAGCUAUUAAAGCUAGGCUAUUGAUUGUUGGGUUUACAGCUUUUUUUCUGGAAUGAAAUUUUUCAAUUUUCAAGUCAUUUUGGAAUAAAGAAGGAAAUUCCACUGAAAAGAUUGCCUUUCAUAUGCCCUAAUAUAGGAAAUACAUUACCAUGGACAAGAAAUAUUCUAACAGUUUGGGCCAGAGAUUCAUUAAAAAAUGUUGGGUACCCGACUACCCGUUAGAUGCUUCUGGUGUUUCUACAUGCUAUGUAUGUAAUACAUUUUUUUUUGGAGUAGGGGGGGGGGGUGUGAAUUUCUUAUCAGUUCAAUAUUCUAUAAAUAUCACAUCAUAAUAUAUAUUUGUCCCAAUCAUUUGGAUAGAUAUCAAACAGUUACUAAAGUACUUGCACUGCACACAAAAAUGAGACCAAACGUUAAAGCUGUAAUAAAUGAUCUACCCAAACUGUUUUUAACAAGACAUCUCUUUAAAAGCGUUCAUGUAUUGCUAAUAUGUACACACUUAAUGUGCAAUUCAUAUUAGGGGACUUUUUAAUCUUUAAUCUUUUUAAACAUUCUCAACAAUUUUAAUGAAAGACUGAGAUUUCUCAUGGACAAUUCCAUAAAGAAUGUUUGUCCUACUCCUUAUAUAUAUGGUUUUGUCAUGAAGUGGCUUACCUCUGCUUUCUCAUUCAUAUGAAAGGCUUAAUUCUCUCAAAUCAUAGUGGCUUGAGCAGUUCAUGAAAAAAAAGGUUCCAUGUCAUUUGCUCCGGUGGAAAAUAUGUGCUUUAAACCAAACAUAAAACCUAACCUCCAUAGCUAAAUAAACCUUAAUCCUCAUCUUUACAUUAUUCUGAACCAAAAACUAUAUUACAAUCCUAACUCUUGCCCUUGAACUGCUGAGAUAAUUAGACCGGAGCAAAUGUGCUAGCAAAAAAUGGGGUUGGACAUACAAAAUGUUUGAUUAUUUUAUGGAAUUGCUCUCAUAUACUAUUCUCACCUUUCCCAGACCUGCCAACCAGUACGUUUAGCCGUAUUUAGUACGUUUUUGCAACCAAAAUACGGCAGUACGUUUUUUCUUUGAAAAAUAUGAUUUUUGUAAAAAAUUACUAAAUCGUAAUUUAUUGAGAAAAAUAAUCUCUAUAUGUCUCUUUUUCAUAAAACGUCACAAAUAUGGUUAUUAGAUCAAUGUAAUUUCAGGUAACUUGUUUUUUUUUCAAUCAUUUUGUUAAAACCAGGGUGAAGAUAUACACAUGUUUUAAUAUAUUUUUUUUCCAUCUGCAAGAGCAGUGCGCAUUUUAGCUUGCAUGCAGCUUGAGCGCCGCGAUGAGUUUUUUUAAUCACAGAAUACAGUUUUUCAUUCCCAGAGGUUGGCAGGUCUGCUUUCCUGGUACUCAAGCUUUUAUUCAAAUUAAAUUAUACAAAAAUACAAUUGAUAAUAGAUGGCACUUAUUAUGGUCAUGACAGAUCAUCUGUAUAGGUUGAAAAUACCAAAAUGUUAAGCUUCUGUUCUUGUGCGUUUCUUAACCUGUAUGCCAAGUUAUGUACAAGUUAUAACUACCAAUAUGUAUACAUUUACUAGAGUAUUAAAUUUAAAUUUAAAGGUUCUGUAUGCUUUCAAUUAAUGCAUGUCGUCUGUGAGCUGUUAAAACCUUGUAUCUUAGAAUUGAAAACAAAAGAUAGAGCUUUGUCUGAGCCGAGAUACUCGGCUUUGACCGCCCACUGACGAUGUGCAUUGCUAAGGAGAGAUUAUAACAUUUUUGUCUUUCAUAAAAGAUUUACAUGUUGUGUUGAGUUGUAUGUAAUAAUGAGAAAGAUACAUGUAUAUUCCAUUUGUAUGCCAAUGUUGUUUUGUUCAUCCUGCCAGUGCUAUGUAAAACUAUAUCUGUAAGGAGUUGAUUUGAUUGAAGGGGUUGCAAUAUUUUGAUGUCAAAGGUCACACAAAUUAUUAUCUCAUUCUCGUAAUCAUUUUUAUGCAUGAAUAUUCAAGAUGUAUACACAUGUAGGUCAAAGGUCAUAUAAGAAAUGGGAAUUGUGUUAUGAUGACUAAAAAUGACAGCACAAAAUGACACUAUGCACAUAGCUAUUCUUUCUUGAUAUGCUGUAGAUACUCGUCAAUUGUGUGCAAAUUUUAUCACUCAGAGCAGUGGAUGAAUGUAGAUAUUGUUGAAACAUCAACCACAAACAGCUUUGACAGAAUUGGAAUACCGGUAGUACUAAAUAGCCACGAACAGUAAGACCCACAGAAAAUUUGUUUUUCAUGAUGCAUGUGCCAAUGUUCAUUAUGUUGAGAGACUUGUAGUUCGAACAUUUUUUUUCCUAAGACGUACAUGUAGGACAGGUUGCAAAUGAGAGUUGAAUAUUUGCACAGAUUGUAAAGGUGCUGUCACAUCAUUCCGUGCAAGCUUUGCGUGUGACUUGCGGGAAACUUUUUUUCUCCCCUUAGGACGCCCGCACGGACAGUAUCUCGCACGCAUCUCACCUGCAGAAGUGCACGCAGGUCUGAUUUGCAUGCAGAAAAGUUUUGAACAUGCUCAAAACUUUGUGUUGGGUGAGUUGCGGGUUGUUGCCUGCAACUCACCUGCAAGGAUUGCACGUAAGGAUGUGACAGGGCCUUAAGGCGUUUGUGAAAAGAUGACUAUUUGGCACAGAUGUUAAACGAUGUGAUUUGUGAUGGCAUUAUUGAAAUGGGCACAAAUUGAACUGUUUAUAAGUGUACCACAUAUAUACACAGACUAAUAUUGUUGUACAAGUGUCAUUUGUUUAUUCAUAUCAUCGAAUGUUCCAGUGCAAUUCAAAUUUAACUUAAUUUACUUUUUGUUUUCAUGAAUAAAAAGUGAGAUGAUUUCUAUGAA